UAACCUGACCCAGUGUUAGCCCCCUAAGGGUACUCAGGUCACCCCGCCUUUGUCUCUGCUCUAAGCGCGUGGUUGGUGCUUCAGUAGUGUGGCCUCGCGUAACGCCGGCCGGCUGAGAGCACACAGUCAUCACAAGUGACUCAGUUCCUGUCACAACUCCGCCGAGAGGAGGCGGGAGAGGUUAGGGUUACCAGAUAUAUUAUACACGUACGUCUGGAACUCAGCUCACAAGCGAGACUACCACCAAGAUGGGAAGAAGGGAAAGAACUUUGUUGGAUUUUAAAACUACGAUGUCUUCUGUACUUCGGUUAACGAUAUUCCUUCUACUAGUCGGUGUCUCCACAACGCAAACGACAGCAACAGUGGCAACAACGGCUGCGGUGGGCACAACUGGCACAAAUGCGGGUACAGAUGGACAGGGAUCUAGUACAGCCGUAACGAUGGAGGGAACCACGGGGAUGGAAAACACAAUGAAUGGAACAGACGCGACAGAGGUUACAACCAUAAUGACGGCCACUGAAAACGCUACAGACGCGUCUGAUCUUACAAUAGAAAUGACAGCCACCGAAAACGCUACAGACGCGUCUGAUCUUACAACCGAAAUGACAGCCACCGAAAACGCCACAGACGCGACAGAGGUUACAACGGUAAUGACAGCCACCGAAAACGCUGCAGACGCGACAGAGCUUACAACGGAAUUGACAGCCACCGAAAACGUUACAGAGAUGCAAACUGAAGCAACAGCCACCAGCACCAAUGUCACGGAGCUUUUCACUGACACGAUGACUGUAGAAAUCACCCAAGCAGCAAACACGGCUUCAACCGAUGUCACGGGGACAGACUCAGUGACAUCUACAGAGUCUUUCACUGAGAUGGCAACUGUUACUGACGGAACGGAAUACACUAUAAACUCAUCUGACACCAUCACAUACAUCACAGAGGCCGUUACAGAAUCUACUGAGUCUGUUACCGAGACACCAGACAUCGUCACAAAUACCACCACUGUCACGGACGAGACUGAAGAGACAACGAACUCGUCAGAAACCAUUACGUACAUCACGGAAGUGUUCGUGGAGACUACAGAAGAGCCUGUGACAGAAACCGUUACGGAAAUGUCCACCGGAGAGGUUGUAACAGCCAACGAGACGGCUACAGAAGAGGGGGUUACUGAAGAAGUGGUGACUGCAACGUCAGACGUGUCCACAGACGUCAUAGAAUCCACAGACGUUUCAGUCACAGAAUCCACAGACGCUUCAGUCACAGAAUCCACCGACGUUUCAGUCACAGAAUCCACCGACGUUUCAGUCACAGAAUCCACAGACGUUUCAGUCACAGAAUCCACAGACGUUUCAGUCACAGAAGUUGUCACAGAACUUUACGAGACGAAUCCGACUACAACUCAGGCAACAGACGGGGUCACAGAAGUUUCAGUCACAGAAUCCACCGACGAUUCAGUCACAGAAUCCACCGACGUUUCAGUCACAGAAUUUACCGACGUUUCAGUCACAGAAUCCACAGACGAUUCAGUCACAGAAUCCACAGACGACUCAGUCACAGAAUCCACAGAAAUUUCAGUCACAGAAUCCACAGAGACGGUGACGAGCGGCACACCAGAGGUCACAGAAGUGGUCACAGAACUUUACGAGACGGAUCCGACUACAACUCAAGAGGCAACGGAGGUAACAGACGUAGUCACAGAAGUUUCAGUCACGGAAUCCACAGACGUUUCAGUCACAGAAGUUUCAGUCACAGAAUCCACAGACAUUUCAGUAACAGAAUCAACAGACGUUUCAGUCACAGAAUCCACCGACGUUUCAGUCACAGAAUCCACAGAACUUUCAGUCACAGAAUCCACCGACGUUUCAGUCACAGAAUCCACCGAGGUUUCAGUCACAGAAUCCACCGAGGUUUCAGUCACAGAAUCUACAGAACUGUCAGUCACAGAAUCCACCGAAGUUUCAGUCACAGAAUUCACAGAGACAGCGACGAGCGGCACACCAGCAGUCACAGAAAUUGUCACAGAACUUUUCGGAACGGAUCCGACUGCAACUCAGGAAGCAAUGGCAGCAACAGACGUAGUCACAGAAGUAGCAGUGACUGAUGCAACCGUAACAGAGAUGACAGAGGUGGUGACAGGUGUGACAGACAUGACGACAGAGCUACCAGUAACUACAGACACCAUCAUUGCUACAGAAACCGCUGGCCUAACAACAGUGGAUACGUUUACUGAGAUGUUAACAGAUGAAGUUGACACAACAGUGGUGACUUCAGCCACUGAAUUUACAACAGUUGAAUCAGUAACCGCCACUGGAACAGACAACACGGAACCAACGGACGUUAUUACGGUGAUGACAACCGAAGUUUUAGAGACAACAGCAAUGACUGAGGAAACCACAGAAGUACAACUAACCACGGAAAUAUCAGCAACAACAGCUGGCUCUUUGGGAACCACCGCCGUAGAGAUGACUGAAGAAGUUACAACCGUGUCACCGACUGAAGCAACAGAGGUUACAACAGAGAUUGCAGCACCAGGGACAAUGCCAUCACUCACUACUGAUGAUGUAGCCACGGUCUUUACAACUCAGGGUACAGACGGAACGACUGUCAUUAUUACUACAGCGGAGUCUCCAAAUACUGCAGAAACAACACAGUUGCAAACCACAGAAGAGGCAGCUACAUCAGCACAACCGACAACGGGAGAAGCAACAGCUCCAACAACUGCUGUGGCAACGGAAGUUACAACAGCUGAGGAGACAACACCGUUACAGAGCACUGAAAUGCCAACUUCACCUGCUGCAACUGUCACGCAGACAAUGGCUGAUACAACCACCGCUCUUACAACUGCUGAGACAACAGAGGCGGAAACAACUGCAUUGACAACAUCAUUACAGAGUACUGAAAAUGUGACAACCAUAGCCCAGGCAACUACUGCCACCUCUGCAAGCACUGAGAUAACAGAGGAUGCAACAACAGCCGUUACAACAACGCUACAGACCACUGAAAAUGCAACAACCGCAGCAGUCACCAUCGUUACAAGUGUUGAGACAACGGUAGCAGGAACAGCAGCUACUACAACACAGUUGCAGACCACCGAAAGUGUAACCACAACUGCACGUCAGACAACACCAGAGGCAACCAGCGUCGUCACAACUGCAGAGGCAACAACAGCUAUAGACACAACAACACGGUUACAAACUACCGAAAAACAAACAACUCCAACUGCAACUGCACCCAAGACAACCGACAGCACAACGACUAUGCCAACGACUUUGGCAACGUCAAGUGGUACAACCACCAGCAACACAACCACCCGUGCAUCUACUGCUGCACCCACGACUGCAGCGAGAACAACAGCUGCCCCAACCACACCAGCUCCUGAAUCCGAGGUGAAAGUACUGCUCAGAAUUGACCAGGUGUUCACAGAAGUCCUCACCAUUAAAAACUCUACUGAAUACAUACAACUGGAAAGGACUUGCAUCGAUGAGACCAAUAAGCUGUAUCUAGGCAUUGACCCUACAUAUGUUGGAUGCCGAGUUAACAAUUUCAACCCAGGAAGUGUUGUAGCCAACAUGACGCUGAUCUUCCAGGAGGUACUGGAUGUGGCAGGUGAACAGGAGAAGGUGGUGGCUGUGUACACGGCUACUCGGGACGGCAGUCUGGGUAACCUCACCGUUCUGGAUGUGCAAGUCGAGCUGUCCAAUGGUGAGACAGCGAACAUCACAGACUGCACCUGUCCUGGUGGUCUGCAGUGUGUCCAGUAUGGCACAGCUUGUGUGGCAACCUGCAGUCUCAACCAGGGAUACUGCAAGAACAGCGGAGUUUGUUCCAGCAAUGGCAGUGAUAGUCUCCAAUGCAGGUGUGACAGUGUUGAAACUGGAGGUGUUGAGUACACAGGCACAACAUGUGAGCAGACUGUUACACAAGAUGCGGUGGUCCAGUUAUUACCAUACAUCAUUGUCGCAGCCUCAGUGGCAGGGGUGCUCAUCCUAGUGGUGCUGCUACUGACGGUGGCCACCUGUUGUAAGAAGAAACGCUCUGGGAGAUACAAUAAUAGGUAUGUAUCAGACAAGGAAACUGGACUGUUCCAGCCCAUAGUUCCCCAGGCCGGUUGGGCAGAGACAAACAUGGAUGAAGAUGGUCUCCACGUCCACAUGUACGACAACUUUGGAUACGAGGGGAAGACGCACCUGCGCGGGGAAGUCGAGGGAAGCAUAAACCGUGCACCGAGCAAGUUCUCUGUGCAGAACAUAGACCCAACUAUCCCAUUCAAGAUCAAGAGGCCAAAAUACGACCCUCAACCCUAUGGUAUCUACAGGCAAGUCAGUGAGCCAGAGACAAGGUUGUAGCUGCUCCACCCCAUAACAUGGUGAUAGGACACUCUCUAUGCAAACCUAAGUGCUGAUAAACAGCAGCUGCUUGCUCUAAAAAUUAUCUGACCCUUUACAAAUCUCACUUACCAUGUCACUGGAAAACUAUUUGUCUGAAAUUAGGAGAGUUCUUCUUGUAAGUUAUUGAUACAGCAAGGACAUGAAUGGAUGAAAUAACAAUGGCUUUGAAGGUUCUUGUUUUAUAAUGGAGUUUUCAGGAGUCUCAGCUUAUGUAUAAAGUAUGGAUAUCGAACAAAAUGAAGUACAUGAAAAUGAAUGACUUAACAUUCCAGUGUCAGAAUUUAUAUUCAAAACUUCAACAUGACAACAACAGUUUAGUUGGUUAUACAAAUUACAAUAUUUCCAAAUGACAUAAUAUCAAUCAAGGAACUGUUUGCAGUCUUUGACACCCCCUAUUUAAAACGAGACUUAAUCUUCUGACAAGUGAACUUUACUCUUUCACACCAACUUGAGAUAGAACUUAUUUUCUAUCCUGCCAUGGGUGAGAGUGAGUGAUUUUCUAUCUUGAGAUAUACUGUAGAAGAAAGAGGGAUCUUUGGAUGCUCUAUAUGUACAAUAUUUGUGUUCUGAUAGUUACAUUGGUAUAGUAUUGAACGUUUAAGUAGAUGUAUGUUGUAUCGGUUUACACAAUCUUUAGUACAGACUUUACCUGAAAUAUUUACUGUACAUUGUAAUUUGUUAAACCAUGUAUGUUUCUCAUUCAUAACAUUGCCAAAAUGAAACACGUUAGAAAUGACCAAUAGAGAAAGAUACUUUUUAAACAAUGUUAUGAGAAAUGUGCCUAGAAUAACAGAAGAUUAUGACAAGAUCUUGAAAAUAUUUUGUGAUAUGACUGAGGUAGUCAGGCAUUUUGCAUCUCAACUUUUUACUACCGUAUUUGUAGACAAGAGUAUUUUAAGGUUUAGAAUGAUGUACCACCAAGGAUAGACCUACAUUGUGUAUAAAAUAUAUAUUCUAAAUGUAUAACUGUUUAAACUUUUCUACUCUGAAAUUUGAUAAACUGAUGUUUGAAUCCUUUGAGAUGUAAGUUUAACUUGAAGUAUCUGAGUCCUCGGCUGGUCCAAGGUUUUUUCAUUGUGUAUGAAAAUGUUACGUAUAGUUUCCGCUUUACUUAAUGUUAUCUUAUGUUUAAUAUAGCAUUAGUAUGUAAAUAUACCAUGCAUUAAUGUCUGUAAAAUGUGCUCAACAAAGUUUUAAGUGGUAAGGAUAGAAAUACAGACUAUUGAAGAAGUUGUGCAGUUGUGCCAAAGAUGUUAUAGACAAUGAGUAUGUAUAUACUAAAUAAAUAGGCU